AAAGGCGUUCGUGGAAGGAAGGCCGCUUACACGAACGCUGUCUGGAUUAAAAGUUAAAAGGAGAAAGAAAAUAUAAGGGUUUUACAUCGCGUAUACGAUUUUGUUCUGUGAGAACGGGAAGAUUUUUUACAAAGAUGUUAGUCAAAGGAUUUAGACUCCUCCUUAGGCCUACCAGGCGUGUGAUCUGUUCGCCCAGCAUCGCUAAGCUCUCCUCGCAGCCAAAUCCUGAAAAUGCUGAGCUUACGGAGGAGCGUGAGUUUAAGUGGCUGUGGCCAGCCUAUCGCGAGGUGGAGAUGCUCAAAGCAGGUCACGACAUCGGCUGCAAGCACACAGGCGGACGCUAUAGGUACAACACUGUCAAGCCCCUGGACCCUGGACACGUUGAGCAGGCCCUGAGGCACUAUCAGAGGAAAAUCCACAACUGCCGGUGCUUCUUAAAAGAACGUGACGGGAAAUUGUGGGUUUGCGAGGAUGCGAAUCCAGAAAUCGACUUUGAGUACCUAGAGGGAGCCGAGAGCAGCGCCGUCAUCAAGCAGCUUACAGGUGAGCCUUUCUCCGCUGACAGCACGCCCACCUGGAAAGCGAGACUCGUCCCCGUGGCCGCCGACGCCCCCUGCCCCAUGCCCGAAAUAAAGGCAGCUUUCCCCUACCAGUAUGACCUCGUCAUGAUGCCACACCACUCAUUCAUCGACGGGGUCACAAUGGCAAUAAUCACCGGAAAACUCGUGGGACUGCUGAAUGACGUCAUAGCCGGACGACCCAUCGACGACGAGCCCUUUGGGGUCUACCUGAACAACGAGGAAAUUGUCAAGAUCGAUGAACAGAUUGUGAAAGACUUUGAAAAGGAACCCGAGAAAGUCGAAGCGAUGAAGCAGGAGCUCCUAGCGUGCGACACCACGCCCAUCCUCUGCAAGGCCUUCCCACCCCCCGGAGGGAAGCCAGCAACCGACUUCGUCUAUCGAAACGUCGACCAAGAGUCUCUAGCUUCCUUCACGGCAAAAUGCAAAGCUAAUAGUGUCACGUUCAACAGUGGACUGGAGGCUGUGAUUAAUACCGCCAUUAUUGAGAUGGCGAAGGAGGCGGGAGUGGAGGGGGAGUCCCACUACUUGAGCAUCAAUCUAGCGACGGAUCUGAGACGCUACAUGAAGCGCCGCCCCCUCCCGAUCCUCGGUAUGCACGUGCGCCCCACUGUGCACAGGAUAGAGACACCCUUUGACGCCCGGGACAACUUCUGGGACUACACCAGGAAGCUCCACCAGAGGCUCUCGGUUCUCCUGAAGUCCGGCGAGGCCCUUCAGCAGAACGUGGUGAGGGAGACGACCCUGCCGCAAGUCUCCCCGGUGGAACACCACGCAGAAGGUCCCAAACCCCUGCGUGACUACGGCGUCACCAACAUCGGGGAUCUGACAGCUGUUAUUCCAGGCGUCGGGGAGCACCUCCAGCAGACGGACCUCGCCAUGUUCAACUGCACGCACUACUCUGGGUUCCCGAUGCUUCACCAGAUCUACACCUUCCGAGGACACUCGCCCUACACGCUCAGCUACGACACCUCUUACAUAGCGAGGGAGACCGCCGUUACACUCACAGACAGGGUCCUCAUGCUUAUGCACGAACUUGGGACAUCGCCCUAAAACGUUAGAAGAAAAAGGAUUGAGAACACGAAGUGAUACUUGUUGACUAAAAUUUUUGACGAUUGCAAUAACUAAAAAGCUUGUUUAUAUAUUUAAAAAAUGGUUCCAGCUCACUCCUCCAUGAGUUAUAACAAGCUCGUUAUAACGACAAAGGAGAGGAAAUGAGCGAAGGUUAAUACACGUUAGGUCUUUGAAACUCCGUGAAUGAAAAGGCGGCAAGGCGAAACGAUACGAGAUUGUACAGAAAUACGCUAUAUAAUUUUAUAAACACCAAGGUCUUAGUUUUAAUCUUCUUGACGAUGUUUGUUACGUGAAGUGUGAAUUCUAGCUUCAUUUUCUGUUAGGUCAUCGCACUAUGGAAAUGAAACUACAGAAAUUCACCUUAAUUUAACUGAAUCUAAUAUUUAACAUUGUUUAGACUUACCAGUAUAUUUAGGGAAAUUAUAUGAAAUAUAUAUUUUUUGACUUCGACAUUUGCACAAUGUCGAUAUAUUUUUGACUCUCUGAUUUUCCUGUAGACAUAGACUAACGAUCGACGAAGUUGUUUAAAAUUUCUUUUCCUCAGAAAAAAACAUAAUCAUAUGCGAUGUAGUUUAUGCAUAUAAGAUAUUAAUUCCCGAAAGAUAUUUAUUAUAUUAAUAUAUUCAAUUAAUGUAUACAUCCAUUUGUGUUUAUUGUCUUCUCGUUUUGAUAUAGAGAAUGGGGGAAAUGGCAAACGAAAGAUAAAAACAACAAAAUGUAUAAAUGAAAUGGAAUAAACGAAUAUAUAUAA